AUGCGCAGAGUGGCAAAAGAUCCAGAUGACAAAGUAUCUGUAGAAUUCACAGAUAUUGGUGAACAUGCUGGUCCUGGGUCAGUUACACUGUCGUCAUUUGUGGGUCCACUAGUGAGGGAGCAUGUUCUAGUACUUCUUGAGUUUGCAGAUAAAAUUGAACAAAUACAAUCACUGCAUAGUCAAAUGGACUCUACAGCCAAUGAUAACAGAAGAGAAGAUGCGGUUAGUCAAGUGUUGAGGAAAGACAAACCAGGACGAGUCAGAGGGAUUGGCAGAGGUGUCACAGCAACAAAGCUAGCAUUUAUACAGUCAAGGGACUCUCAUGUGCAGAAGCUAGAGGCAACACAAGCAGAAUUACUUUGUAAAGUCACACAACUACAAAAUAAAGUUUGUGAUUUGGCUGGUAAACAGAGUCAAUGUAAUGAUGUGGGUUCUCAGUAUGAUGUGAGUGAUAAUAGCAACAGAGAUAAAGUUGUGGCGGAGGGUUUACUUCAGUCAACGGACCCAAAAGAGAUGGUCAAUAAUAUACCUUUAGGCCCGAACGCUGCUGUACUGAAGAUUACCAAGGUGAUAAAAAAUGACGCUUAUCUGUGGAGACCUAGUGCUGAAAUGUUUUUGAUGGGUGCGGCAAUUGAUACAACUAUUGCGUGGCCAAUUCAUAAGAUAGAGUUUGUUGUGAAAGCUACACAGGCGGAAUCAGCGAGAAAAUCAACUACGAGUGCAAGUAAUAGCACUGGGACCAACAAAAAUCAAGCUAAGAGGUGCAUUCUCUUAGACUGCAAAAACUCAGUUGAAAGAGUGGCAUUAGGUCGUGUCAGUUUAUCUGAUCCAGCAGAUGUUGUGCAUUUCGUCCCAUUAGGUCAUAAUGCUAGUAAGGUGUGGGUGGAUGUUUCGAAGAUUGGUAUUUUUGAGGUAUGGAGACCAAAUUCAGAGAUAAAAUUCUUAAGGGAUGCCGUAGGCACUACAAUCGCUUGGCCUAAUGAUAAGAUAAUUUUCAUGUAA